UGUGAUGACGGGAGGAGCUAAGAGCCGAGGAGGCAGCAGGUGAAUCAUUAAACAGCUUCUAGUUUUUACCAUCUCACCUGUUCAACAGUGUAUAAACCGAAAGAUACUGAGAGCGGAGAUGUUCCGCUGUAUAUGACCGGUUUCGCUUCCCAAAUAAAAGUAAUAAUAAGAGCUCAGAGGGGACAAAAGGACGAAACCACGCCGCCAGAGCCUGGAUUUAGCAGGUCAGUUGUUGUGAGAGGAGGAACCUCAGAGCUGGAGCCAUGUUUUCAGCGGAGGAGAUUCUGUGUAACACGCAGCAGGUGAUCGCCGGUCUUGAGGCGCUGAAAGGAGAGAACCGCAGUCUGCUGGAGAACCUGCAGGAGGCGUUGGAGAGCCGGCCGGUGUCGGAAAGCGGCAGCGUGGAGCAGGAGAAGAGCGGCAUCAUCCGCCAAUCACUGGAGAGGAUAGAGCUGGGGCUGAGUGAGGCACAGGUGAUGAUGGCGUUGUCGGCUCACCUGGGUUCACUGGAGGCAGAAAAACAGAAGCUGCGCGCUCAGGUGCGUCGCCUCUGUCAGGAGAACCAGUGGUUGAGGGACGAGCUGGCAGGUGCUCAGCAGCGGCUGCAGGACAGGGAGCAGGAGGUGGUCACCCUGGAGGAGCAGAACAGACACCUGCAGUUCAUGUCCUCCAUACGCAAAUACGACCUGGAGGAGCCGCAUCUGGAUGACAAAGGCACGACUUCCACCAAAGAGUCUCUGGAUGACCUCUUUCCUACCGAGGACGAGGAACAGUCACAUGUGUCCCAGCCUCACCACAGCAGUGCAGCAGCCGCAGCCCAGCAGGGCGGCUACGAGAUUCCCGCCCGCCUUCGAACACUCCACAACCUGGUCAUCCAGUACGCAUCCCAGGGUCGAUACGAAGUCGCUGUGCCACUCUGCAAACAGGCUUUGGAAGACCUGGAGAAGUCCUCAGGCCACACCCACCCAGACGUAGCCACCAUGCUGAAUAUACUGGCGCUGGUAUACAGAGACCAGAACAAAUACAAAGAAGCAGCCACCCUGCUGAACGAUGCGUUGGCGAUCAGAGAGAAAACUCUUGGAGUGGACCAUCCGGCUGUGGCAGCAACGCUCAACAACCUGGCGGUGCUUUAUGGGAAAAGAGGAAAAUACAAGGAAGCCGAGCCGCUGUGUAAAAGAGCUCUGGAGAUCAGAGAGAAAGUUCUGGGUACAGACCACCCAGAUGUGGCCAAGCAGCUGAACAACCUGGCUCUGCUGUGUCAGAACCAGGGGAAGUACCAGGAGGUGGAGCAGUAUUACGAACGCGCUCUGCACAUCUACCAGAGCAAACUGGGACCAGACGACGCCAACGUGGCCAAGACCAAGAACAACCUGGCAUCGUGCUAUCUAAAGCAGGGGAAAUACAGACAAGCUGAAGCUCUUUACAAAGAGAUCCUGACCAGAGCACAUGAAAAGGAGUUUGGAUCUGUAGAAGGCGAUGGCCGUCCCAGCUGGACCGGUGGCGAGGACGGCGGCUCCGGACAGGACGGACUCAGUAACCUGAAGCGCAGCGGCUCCUUCACCAAACUCAGAGAGUCGAUACGCAGAAGCAGCGAGAAACUGGUCCGCAAGCUGAAAGGAGUUGGACUGGAGGAAACGACCCCGAGGAAUGCUGGAAUGAAGAGGGCGAACUCUCUGAAUGUGUUGAAUGUUGGAGCUAGAGAGAGUCAGGACGGCGCCCAGUCGAGCCGUUUGACAGAUGUUCGAGGCCUAAGCUCCAGCACACAGAGCCUGACGAGACGAGGUUCACUCGGUGGUACCAGCUAACACACACACACACACACACACACACACACACACACACACACACACACCUCAAUAGAGAACCGGACCGAUGUUCGCACACGUAUCGCUCGCAUCAGAAGUUCUACACCAAAGUGGAUUCCCCACUUUCAGUCCCCCAAGAAAAAUGGAGAUAGUUGUCACUACUGGAGACAAAAAUCUAACUUGCAAAUGUGUUAUAUAUCCAUUAUUUAAAGAAGUAAUAACACAUUUAUGUUUUAUUUGCCAUUGAGGAAAUUUUACUGCCAGCUUAAUAAUAUCACACGUUUGCCUCCGGUAAUGACAAGUUUCUCCAAAAAGUGAUUUAAAACGGUGUAGUAACCUACCGACUACACUUUGACAUAUCUACAUUGCACUAUAACCUUUCCUUCCUGUUCACUUGAAAUUUAAAAACAUUCCUUCCUGGUUAUAGAUUAGAAACAAACUCAGUUUCCUGAUUUUAAAGUUAACUCUUAAAAAUGUAAGACAAAAAAAAAAUCAUUUUAGAAUACUUAAAGUAACACUAGCAUUUACACUGUAAGAAAACUUCACUUUCAAGGUUUUUACAUUUCUAUAUUUAAACCAGACCAUGUCUUUUAAUCUUUAAUACAGUACAUUGUUUCCUAAUGCUAGUGUUCCCUUUUAGGUACAUUUCUGUUAACACUGGAAAAAAAGUUAUGUUAUUUAUGUUUAAGAUGUUCUAAAGAUAAACAGACACAUCGACAUUAUAGAUUAUCUUUUUAAAUUGUAUAGACUCUGUUGAGAAGCACAGGGAUGUAGUCAUUUGCACAAAGAUCAAAACAUGAUGUCAAAAUGUUACAUUUGGUUCACGAGUAAGUUAAGCUAUCAAGUUUGACUGUUAAAGAAGUUAUUUAAAUGUGUUUUGCCUUUUAAAAUGCGCAGGUCAUUCUAAUUAUUAUGUUAAAGCUAAUCAUAAAAAGAUAAAUGUUUACUUCGCCACAGUCCAGUUUUGUCAUUCCUCAUUAUGAGAGUAAGGACCAACUUUAUUUUAUUUUUUACUUAAAUAUAAACACCAGCUGGACAAAACGAAUGCACAUAUCUGAAUUUAAAGAUGGUACUGCUAAAAGUUUAGUAUUUUGCACAUUGUCAGUUAAUAUAUUCUUGAUCAAUCAAACUGUGGUAAAUCAAUCAAUACUUGAAUGUUCAAUUCAGCAAUUAUGUAUUUCUUGCAUUGCAAAUUUUUUAAGUCUAUUCAGAAAAUAGUUUAAAUCUAUGUAGAGCUGCAAAGAUUAAUCGAUUAGUUGUCAACUUUUAAAUUAAUCGCCAACUAUUUUGAUAAUCGAUUAGUCGGUUUGAGUAAUUUUUUAAGACAAA